AUGAAACGUUAUGAUCUACUGAAAUGUAAGGUGUUCGACAUUUUGUGGUCGGAUCCGCAAACUACGGGCGGGUGUGUUGCCAACGCUCUCCGCGGUGCUGGGACAUACUUCGGUCCAGAUGUGACGGUCAGUUUUCUGCAGAAGAAUAAAUUGAGCUUCAUCGUCCGGAGCCACGAAUGCAAGCCAGGAGGGUACGAGUUGCUGCACGAUGGAAACGUAAUAACAAUAUUCUCAGCAUCGAACUAUUACGAGAUAGGUUCAAACAAGGGCGCAUAUUUAAAGCUAUGCGGCAAUUCUUUGGAGCGACAAUUCGUGCAAUACACCGCGGCUGUAUCGCGCACACGACGGUUGACAUUUAGGCAGAGGGUUGGACUUGUGGAAUCCUCGGCUAUGCGGGAGCUUCAUAGUCAUAUAGUGAUGGCACGACGGCAGUUGGAGGGUACCUUCCGAAGUAUGGAUCCGGAGAAUUGUGGUUUCAUAACCAUAAGCGACUGGUGCACCGCAAUGGAGCAGACAACGCAUUUAGGACUUCCGUGGCGGAUGUUGAAAGAUAAACUUGUGCGCACCGAUCCAGAGACAAGGCGAGUGAGAUACAUGGACACAUUUGAUUUGUCUGCUAAUAAAUUCGGUCGCAAAUCUGAUACGCAAACAGUCGCCGAAACUCUUUAUAAGAACAAGCAAAGUCUGGAAACAAUAUUCAAGAUUUUGGACAAAGAUAACUCAGGCUACAUAACGCUGGAAGAAUUUUCCGAGGCAUGCCAACUGAUCGGAAAAUACAUGCCAAAUCCAUUAACCCAAGAGCAGCUGGUCGACAUCUGCCGCUUAAUGGACAUCAAUAAGGACGGUUUGGUUGAUCUCAACGAGUUUUUGGAGAGCUUCAGACUUGCGGAUAAGAAUCUGCACGAGGAGGACCACGUGCUGGCUGAAAUACAGGCCACCUGA